AUAACUGAGUUUUGCUCUUUCUCUCACUCUCUGUCUCUUUCUCUUUCUUAUGUUCCCUCCUUCUAGAAUAUAAAUUCACGAGAGAGAAACUCAAAAAUCUUUCGAUUCAGGAGAGAAAUUUUGGAUGAUAAUAAAAUUGGAGGGUUAUCGUGGCAGGAUCCCGAGGCCAAAUCUAGCUUCAAUUCUUCAAAUCUCGAAGGGGGAGAGAAAAACGAACAACGCUUGUUGUUGAUUCUUGAAGUUGAAUCGAAUCAUAGAAAUAGACCCAGAUAGGUAAAUAGGGUUUAGAGAUAAAAAGGUGAAGUGGGGUUGUGUAAAGUUUGGGUUUGGUUGUUGUUGUUGUUGUUCGGUGGGUGAAAGGGAAAGAUGACGGAUGUGAUACUGCAUAUAUACGAUGUGACAAAUAGUGGAUCGGAGAAAACCAACAACACCAUUGUUCAGAUCAACAAGAUCUUCAAGGAUGGGAUUGGUCUUGGUGGCAUCUUCCAUAGCGCUGUUCAGGUUUAUGGAGAUGAUGAAUGGUCAUUUGGAUUCUGUGAGCAGGGUACUGGAGUUUUUAGUUGCCCUUCUGGAAAGAAUCCAAUGUAUACAUAUCGUGAAUCCAUUGUUCUGGGGAAAACAAACUUUUCCAUUUUCAAGGUAAAUCAAAUAUUAAGAGAACUCAGUAGAGAGUGGCCUGGAAGUUCGUAUGAUCUAUUGGCCAAAAACUGCAAUCACUUCUGUGACGAAUUUUGUGAAAGGCUUGGUGUACCAAAACUUCCAGGUUGGGUCAAUAGGUUUGCCAAUGCUGGUGAUACUGCUAUGGAAGUGGCUGGAAAUACAGCAUUGCGGUUCCGGCAAGCCAAAACAGAAAUUGUAACAGCAAGCAAAGUAGCAUACCGGUUCCUCUUAGGUGUUACCAAUAAUGUUACCAAUAAUGUUAAAAAUGGUCCAGACUCCCCUAACAAUUCAAACAGAGGGGGGUCCCCUAGAUUUCAAGCUUCUUGGUUGAAAAAUAUUAUUACUAAUGGUGCAAAACCAUCUACAAGUUCAGAAGGUGAGAAUCAGAAUGGUGUUGUGUCGCCAUCGCCGUCACCAUCAGUGUCGGGAGAAGAUGGCAAAGCGCUGCUACAGAGUUCAUCUUCACAUGAUAGUUGAGGGAGUCUUGCUUUGCCAAAGCAUAGUCAUGCUGUGUAUUGUAAUUUGUAAGUCACGAAAAGGAAACGAAAUUUUACAUGCUAUUCAUUUGUGUAUCAAAUGUAAAAUUUUUCUUUCUUGUUCAACUCAAAUUUUAUUGGUGCUUCGUAAGACUGACUAUGUUCUUUGAAGGGUAAUUCUACUGUUUUCUUUUUCCUCUCU